AUGGGAUAUCAGUGCCCUGGGCAGCCAGCUGGCGAUCUUCUCGGGCACCCUGCUGGCGAUAGCAUACGUCGGGGAGACCUGCAUCCAGAGGCCUGUGGAGGCGUGGUAUGCGCGCACGAUGCCCACCCCGAAGUCAUUCGGACUGGAUCCCCUGCCAGCCUCUUUCGGGCGCCGCGAGAGCAUGGUGCUUUACUACUGUGGCAUGCUGGUGAUUGCUUGGAUGUGUUUGACAGGUCCUGUUCCUCACGUGGUCCCCGUUUCACGCAUUCCUUUCGCAGGCGUUACUGUCGAAUUGUUACUUCGAGCAGGGACGUGGCUGCUGUUCGUGCCCAUCGGCGCCUUCUCCAUGUCCCUGGCGGGGCUGCUGCUGUACCCGCCGGUGUCGGAGGAGGCCCCUGUGCCCGCCAAGGUUCAGAUGCAGGCAGUCCGGCUCAAGGGCGAGCGGACUUCAAGCUUGUCUUUCGCAUCGUCACUCGCGGUGAGAACCCUUCGCUGGUGAAGGACAACGUGCUGCACCUUCUGUCCAUUCUGGAGGGCUGCUUGUCCCAGGACCGCUGGGCCUUGGAAGUGGUGACCGACAGUCCACUGGAUUUGGCCAAGCUUGGGACCUGUGCCACAGAGAUCCUGGUCCCCAGCGCAUACACGCCUCCCCACGGCUGCCGUUACAAGGCGCGCGCGCUGCAGUACGCUGUCCUGGCUUCGACUGCGGGGCGGAUGGACUGGAUUGUGCACCUCGACGAAGAAACAACCUUUGAUGCAGAUACCGUGUCGCACAUCCUGGUCCACUGCCGUGCGCAGAACGCAGCCGUGCAGCGCGGUGCCCAGAUCUACGGGCACACAGGCCAGGGCGUCAUCGUGUACAACGUCAAGGAGCAGGUCAAUCUGUUGUGCUGCCUGGCUGAUUCUAUACGCGUCGCCGAUGACCUGGGAAAGUUCGCUCUGCAGUACAAGCUGUUCCAGGAGCCCCUCAUCGGCAUGCACGGCUCUUUCGUGGUUUGCUCCAACGCGGUAGAGAUGGACGUAGGUUUUGAUUGGGGGAUUCCUGGGUCGAUCACCGAGGACACGUUCUUCGCACUAAAGUGCGCGGAGAUUGGCGUGCAGGUGAUCCACUGCGGGGGCUGCAUGUACGAGCAGUCUCCCUUCAGUGUGCAAGACUUUGCGAAGCAGCGCUGCCGUUGGUUCUCUGGCAUAUGGCUGUGCGUGAAGGCUCCCAACCUGCCCCUGCCGCACCGCGCCUUCCUGGGGAGCCACACGCUGGCGUGGGGCGCGUCGCCUUUCGUGGUACUGGCGUCGUGGGUGAACGUGCUGUGCAUGUUGCAUCAGCCUGCUUGGGUAAAUACGUGCAUCCGCCUUCUCUACGCGUUCCCCUUGGGGUGCUACGUGCUCGGGUUUCUGUUCACGUACAGGCCGUCCGAACUGCGCCACGGGGUUGUCGAAUACCUGAUGCUACUGUUCCUGCAGACCUCGUGCAUUCCCAUCUUCGCCGUCAUGGAAGCGUACGGGAUAGCCUUGGCAUUGUGGACGAAGCCCUUCACGAGCUUCGAGUUGGUGCAGAAAGAGGUGGGGGAAUUGUUUACCAACGUGCCUACACACACCUUGCCAUUUACCAAGGACUGUGAAGCCCCAGCGAGCGAGGAGAAGACAUCGUUCGCCUCAACCGACUCGUCCUCGUCGCUGCGCGGGUCGGGAACCGCCGCGACGGAGCGCCUGCGCGAGGCAGGAUCUCUGCACGAGGACUGGGCGAGCUUGUUUGCCGACGCGCCGAGCGAGGUGCACGUGCCCCAGGUGUUGAGGCCAAGGUCUGGAGGACCCGGCGACAGCUGCAUCGAGUUCCCUUGGGGCACUCUGCCGAUGAUCCGGCAGCUCGCCUCGCGCGAGCGAGCCCCCCUCGACCCCCUCGACGUGGUCGCGGCCGCCCUGGCUGCAGUGAUCAGCUACGUUUCCAACGAGGACCUUAUGAUUCUGGGUGUUGAGCCUCCCACUGGCGCAUCCGAGGGGGAAACGCCUGUCCUUCCCGUGCGCGUCCACGUGCGCCACGAUCUUUCCUUCCUCGCGUACGCGGCCAACGUUCGCGGACAGCGUGUUGCGAGCUCGGACCUGCACCAGGCUUCUGGAUGCCCGCCGCUGGCCACGAUCUUAUUGCACGGUGGGGAUUCGUGGAACGCGAGAGCGCUCGACACCGCUCCGUUUCAGUUUGCCGUCGUCAACGGCCACCGUGACAGACGCCCUGACAAGCUCGCCAGUGUCUUACUGAUGGCGGUUGGCGACGAGCUCCUCUUCAUGUACCGCGCGGAAUUUUUGACCGCCGGUGCCGCCGAGGUUUGGGUCCGCCGCUUUGUCCAGGUCGUACAGGCAGCUUCCGACGCCGCGUCGGCCUGCCUGCGCCAGCUCCCGCUGUUGAACGCAGAGGAGGACCGCGCCGUCGCGGACAGGGCCGGCAAGGCUCAGCCCUACAGUCCCUUGACCUUGCACGAGCAGUUCCUGGCGGAGUCGAAGAGCUCUGCCUCAAAGGUUGCCGUCGUCUGUGGUGGGGAGAAUGUCACCUACGCAGAUCUGCGCGUCGCCGCCCUCAAGGUGUCCCUGGGCAUCACGACGGUGUUGGGAGAGGCCUGCCACGAGAACCUGCUUAUCGGUAUGCUCUUCGAGCGAUCAGCCGACGUGGCGGCGGUGAUUUUCGGUGUGCUCUUUUCUGGAUGCGGCUACCUGCCGAUCGAUGCGCGGUUCCCUCCGGUCCGCAUUAAGGACAUCCUGUCGGAUGCUGGCGCAUCGUGCCCAAUGGUGCUUCUGGGGAAUCAAGAGUUCGCUUCCAGUUUACCGACCGACUACCCAGGCCAGGUCGUGUGCGCCAGCAGAGCAGGGCUGGUCGUGCCACCUGGAAUCGUUACAGAUUUACCGCAGAUGCGGAUUGCGAGCCCGCAGAGUUUGGUCUAUUGCAUGUACACGUCGGGCACCACCGGGAAACCAAAAGGCGUGAUGGUCGAGCACCAGUCGUUGUCCAUGCGCAUCGGUUGGUUCCAGCGGCAGUUCUCCCUCAGCACAGAGGAUACAGUGCUGUUCAAGACGCAGUAUACGUUCGGUAUUUCCGAGUGGGAGAUUUUCUGGCCGCUCACAGUUGGAGCUACAAUGCUCGUGGCGCCAAUGGAGAUCGUAGAGUCGCUGCCCAAGCUGCUCAAGCUCAUUGAGGUCGGGCGCUGCACGCACGCGUUCUUCGUGCCAUCGCACUUGACGGCGUUGCUGCGGCAUUGGCUGCAGGUGAAAAAGGCCGAGAGUCAUGCGCAUCGGUCUUCGCUGCGCUGGGUAGUGGCCUGUGGCGAAGCACUGCCGCGGCAAACGGUGCGGGACUUCAGCUCCGUUCUGCCCCAGGCGAGCAUCUACAAUCUCUACGGCCCCACAGAAGGGUCAAUGACUUGGAGGUGCUGCGACCACGAUGAUUCCUCACUGGACGCUCUGGUCCCACUGGGCACGCCCAUCGACAACACGGUGGUGCUGCUGCUGGACCGCUGGCAGCGGCCCGUCCCCGACGGCGUCCCCGGCGAGAUCUGCUUCGGGCACUGCCUGGCACGGGGGUACCUGAACCGCCCCGACCUGACGGCCGAGCGUUUCGUAGCCAACCCGCUGCCAGCGGGCUGGCUGCCUGCUGACAGCCCUCCAUGCCCAAGGCUGUACCGCACGGGCGACAUGGCGGUCUGGAUGGACGGGGAGCUCCACUUUGCGGGCAGGGUCGACCGCCAGGUAAAGUUCCGCGGCUAUCGUAUCGAGCUUGGCGCCAUUGAGGCCGCGAUGCGGGAGGCGUUCCAGGCGAGGAUCGCGAAGGAGGUUCCUUGGUUGUGCUGCCUGCUUGUCCCCGCAUCGGCACGGAGGCCGGGCGGAGAGCUCGUUGCGUUUCUGCAGAGCUCCCUGAGCGACCUCGAGGUCCAGGUCAUGCUUCCAGAGCUGUCGGUUCGGCUGCCCGCGUAUAUGGUGCCCACGAAAAUUACAUCGAGGCCGAACCUCCCAACUUUGUCUUCGGGCAAGGUGGACAUGCGGGCGUUGCAAAGUGAAGCGUCGGGCGAUGGUGAGGUUCAGUUUGAAGGUCCGGACUCAGUGCAGAAUCCAGCGCUUGAGGAAGCCAUAGAUUCUCUCGGGCAGAUCCGCCGAUACGCUGGAGAACAUUCGACGAGCUUGCGAGUUGGGGAUAACCUGAGGGCGUUUUACAUGUAUGGGGUUGUGAUGGACCAUUAUUAUGGUUGCUCUGACGGGCAACGCUGUCGACUGGUACUGGAGGCGCUCGUCUUUCCACGACAGGAUUCAGGUGCAGAGGCAGCGGCAGAAGUUUCGCGAUUUGCCGAGGUGCUCUUCCGUUCGACUGGCAACUACAAGUCAAUGAGCGGCUUCAUGAUGAUUUCGGCUUAUGCGGAUGCUAGAUACACGGAUGCAUCGCAUUUCGGCAAAACGGACGUUGUAAUGCUUCUGGCGUACCUGCAGAUGAUGUGGAUUAUUGACCCGGUCUAUCUCAGGGUUUGCUUAGACGAAAAUUUGUGCUAUCCCUCCGGGCAUAGAUGGUAUCUGUUAGCGGUGCUGAUGAUCAAGGCAAUGCUUGUGCUAUUCAGGCUGACAAGGCUUCCACCUCUCGUUCAGUGUAUUGCCGUCACUGUUCUAGCUUUCACGAUGCCUCCAGAAGCUGGGUGUGUUGUGGAGACCAACAGGGACGAGAGGUGCGCUGGCGUUAACGACAAUGCCACGUGGACUGCCUACUACUCAAUAUUCGACAUCGUCUGGACAAUCUUCAUCCGAGGCGGCAGCGAGGAGCCAACCGAUUUCGACGCCUCACCGACCAUCCUCAGCCGGCACUACUUGUUCUUCGCGAUGCAGUACUUUUGGACCUUCCACUACGGACACCACUGCGUUCAGAUCUUCUGGGGGUUCGUCGACGAGCUGCCAUGCAGGACUGCCAGAGUUACCAGAUGGUGCUCCUUUGUUGGCUUUCUCAUUAUCGAGUUGACCCUCAGCGGAGUGGUGGGCCCUGGUCUGUACGAUACCAUGCAGGGUACGGUCGACGACGGCUUCGAUCCCGACCUGCUGGGGAAUUUGGCAAUCUUCCUGGCGCUUUCAGCUUCAGUGGCGUUUCUUGCUUAUGCGAUCUCUGGUGUCAAGACGCGGCUCCAGACCCUCGGCUCCACCACGCUGGGGUGCUACAUCGCUCACUGGUACUUAGUACCUUUGGUCCCAUACUUCGAGAAGCAAAUUAAAGCGUUGUGCUCUCUGGGAUAUUUCGGAUUGCCACUCCAGGUGCAUGGGCUGGCGGAUUCAGCUGUCGGUCGGGGUCGCCUUUCAUAA